CAUCAUCAUCCUGUUUCCUCAUUGCCAAAUCCAUCAACUUCAACAUGCGCUAUUCUCUCCUCGCCUGUCUGGCUGCCGUCGGCGCCAUUGCUUCUCCCAUCGUGCAGGAGGAAUCUGAGGUCUACAACACGACUCUCAUUGCCCGGUCCACCCCCAGCUCCACCGGCACCAACAAUGGCUACUACUACUCCUUCUGGAACGACGGUGGCGGCGAUGUGACCUACACCAACGGCAAUGGUGGCUCCUACUCCGUCGACUGGUCCAACGUCGGCAACUUCGUCGCCGGAAAGGGCUGGAAUCCUGGAAGUGCUAGGGCCAUCACGUAUUCCGGCAGCUUCACCCCCAACGGAAACGGCUAUCUCAGCGUCUACGGCUGGACCAGAAACCCAUUGGUCGAGUACUACAUUGUCGAAUCGUACGGCGACUACAACCCCGGCAGCGGAGGAACCUACAAGGGCACCGUCACCAGCGACGGAUCGAGCUACAAGAUCUACACCGCGACUCGCCAGAAUGCCCCCUCGAUUGACGGCACAGCCACCUUCACGCAGUACUGGUCUGUUCGGGACAGCAAGAGAGUGGGCGGAACCAUCACCACGGCGAACCACUUCAACGCGUGGGCCAAGCUGGGAAUGAAGCUGGGAACGCACAACUACCAGAUUCUGGCGACGGAGGGAUACCAGAGCAGUGGUUCUUCCAAGAUUACUGUUUCCUAGAUAUUUCCACUUGUAUUGAGGAAUCAUACAUUGUCUUAGCAGCUGCAAAUCGUUUGAUACACUCAUGCGGCUUUAGGAUUAGUCUUAUUCUACUAUUAGGGGAUGAGAAUUUGCACCCUCGUACCUUUUAACACUGGUAUCCUAUUGUGGAUUGGAUAUAGCUAUAGCAUGACAGUUAGAUUAAGUAAAGAUAAAUUAAAAUGCGAAAAGGACUAUCAGACAGGUAUGCUGCAAGUUGAUGACGCUAAGAUAAACAUGGUAUUGCUAGGAGAAACAGAUUUUGUAAUAUAUAGGAAUUAGAUGGAUU